AUGCCGCAUAAAAAAAGCCAGGGAAGGGGUAAAAAGAUCAAAGAAAAGGAAAAAGAGAUAAAAGAAAUUAAAAACGAUGAUCAAUAUUUUGAAGAUAUUAUAGAUAUUGAUGAAAAUGUUACAAAAGAUUUUAACUUUCUGGUAAAUGCUCCAGUUUCUGAAGAUGACCAUUUUGUUUUUGAGUCAGAAAAAAGCUGGGAUGUUGAUAUUUCUAAAUACUCUGAAUAUUUUACACUUGACUUAAAUACAUUAGCUGCGGCAAUAGAGUCAAUACCAUUUAAUGAAAAUGUUGAUAUCGACACAAAGUAUUUCACUUUAACAAAUAUUUAUAAUAAUGCAGAACUGGGUAAAAAAAGGUAUAAUAAAAUCUUAAGCAAUUUAGAAACACCCAUUACAAAUAACCCAAAAAAUGAAGAAAGUCAGGAUUCAGUAGAAGACUCAGCUGAGGAAUUAGAUUUUUUAUUAUCUCUUCAAGAACCUGUAAACGAAUCUUCAAAUAUUUUGAAAUCAUUGUCUGGAGCUUAUAACACUGAUUCAAAGUUAGUAUCUAAACCUGGUACAUCCACUAAACCUAUGGAUUUAGAAAAAUGGUUGGAUUCUGUGUUAGAUGAUUAA